GGGUCAGGACAAGGUUUAAGGGUUUUUCUGAAGUCUCCCUCGAUUCACACAAGUUUCAUCUCCCUCCACUCUCUUCUCCGAUCCAAACUCGGUGUCACAAGAUUGGAUUUAAAGAAAAAGGAGCCAUGGCAAGUCUUAUAAUGACCACACCAUUCCUAGGUUCUCUCACUCAAUGCAAGAAAACAAAUAACCUCUCUGUUCAGAGAGCCUUUAAGGUAUCAUGUAUGCAGACACCGUUGGAGGAGCUAUACAACGUUAAAGUGGAACGGAAAGUGUCACAGAGACGGUUAGAAGAGCUAGGGGUUACGAGAUGGUCAGUUUGGAAGACGGGGAAGUGCAAACUGCCAUGGGACUGGCAGGUGGAUCAGCUGGUUUACAUUGAAGAAGGAGAGGUUCGUGUUGUGCCCGAAGGCAGCAAGAGGUUUAUGCAGUUUUUAGCUGGAGAUCUUGUUAGGUACCCGAAAUGGUUGGAGGCUGAUCUUUUCUUCAACGCUCCUUAUCGCGAACGGUAUUGCUUCAAGGCCUAUGGUGAUGAUUGAUUCAAGAAAAGAGUUGAGUUUAGAGGCUUAGAGCCAAUAAAGUUUCCGCUUGUGUUUGUGUUGUUGUAGCCUGAUGGAUCUUUUUGGGGAUGAUAAUAUAAGAAAACUAUUUCUCUUA